AUGAACGUCAAAGACACCACGUGGGUGGGUGAAACCUGUGCCAAGCAAGAAACUGAAAAUAGCGGUGCCUUGGGAAAGAGGGUUUACAAAAUUCGUCAGCGUAAAACCAGUUCAUGGCAACGCAGAAGAUUGGAUUAUGAAUUGGCCUAUGAAUUGAUACCUUAUGGAACUGGCAAUGUCACUGCGGGCUACUAUGAUGACGUCGUCUACCAGGUCUAUCUCCAGAAAUUCGAUGCGGUUGUGGGAGAUAUGACGGUGCUUGCAAAUCGUAGCAAGUAUGUGGAUUUAACCCAGCCGUAUACGGAGUCGGGUCUUAUAAUGAUGGUAGCACUUUCAGACAAGCUAUCAAGUGACCCCUGGGCCUUCCUGCGUCCCUUUACCCCAGCCAUGUGGAUAACUACUGUUUCAUUUUUCAUAUUCACGGGAGCUGUUGUUUGGUGUCUGGAGCACAGACUAAAUAGGCAAUUUAGAGGGAAGCCUUGGGAACAAGUCUUGACAUUCAUGUGGUUUUCCUUUUCCACACUCCUCGCAACUCAAAGAGAGAGGAUUGUAAGUGGUCUGGGUAAAGCAGUGGUGAUAAUUUGGCUUUUUCUUGGUGUGGAUGAAAGCGCACUUCGCCCAUAUUCAUCUGCACAAGAGUCCGCCGAUGUACUGAAGAAGGGACCCAAUAACGGAGGGGUGGCUGCCAUAUUUGAACGGGCGCGGACUAUUCCCCAAAACGUAAUUUUGUCAACAGCAUGCAACGACUAUGUGAAACUUGGUCCCAAGUACACAACGGGAGGCUCCGCAUUUGUGUUCCCAAAGGGGUCUCCGUUCGUUUCAGACAUUUCCAAGGCUAUAUUAAAUCUUUCAGAAAGCAAAGAGAUGCAAGAAAUUCUGAAGAGGUGGUUCAAUUCAAGUGAAAACAAAUGCAGCGUGGAAUCUGGCGGAGUCGAAUCAAACAAAAUGAGUAUCAAAAACUUUUGGGGCAUAUUUCUUUUAACAGGAUGUGUAUCAUUUCUCACCCUUGUCUACUAUUUGUGUCGCCUGCUUUACCGAUUUGUGCACAGAAAUGAGAAUUCAGUUCAUGUUAAAUCGGUCUCCACCCGAUUGCGAACGUUCGCCAACUAUGCAGACAAGAAGGAGAUCCCAACACCAAAAAGAAAGAGAUCUAAGACCGCCACUUUGUCAUCGGGAACCGCCGCUUCCACUUCCUCUGAAAUUCCCGUUUCAACGGGACAGAUAUGA